GGUCUGCGGUUCUUUCCGGGCCUUCAGAGGCGGAGCUGUCCCUGACCAAGCGGCGGGAGCUAGGGUUCAGAGAUGGGCAGUGAGAAGGAGCAGAGUCAAGAACCACACCUGCCUGAGGAAAGGGAAGGGGGUAAACCUUGGAGAGCGGAUGGCUCAGAGGGUUCUCGGAUCCCACUUGGGGAAAAGGAGCAUGGGCAGGAAAGCCCAUCGAAGGGGCCACAAGGAACAUGUCCAAAAAAGCCAUGGCAGAAAGUCAUUGCCCCAGCAGGAGGGCCAGGGGACCCCACUGCUCUUCCAAAGUCUGAGGCAGAUGAGAAGCCCUUUAUAUGUGCCCAGUGUGGCAAAACCUUCAACAAUACCUCCAACCUGAGAACACACCAGCGAAUCCACACUGGCGAGAAGCCCUACAAGUGUUCUGAAUGUGGCAAGAGCUUCUCAAGAAGCUCCAAUCGCAUCCGGCAUGAGCGGAUCCACCUAGAAGAGAAGCACUACAAAUGUCCCAAGUGUCAGGAAAGCUUUCGGCGGCGCUCAGACCUCACCACACACCAGCAAGAUCACCUGGGCAAGCGGCCGUACCGCUGUGACAUCUGUGGCAAGAGCUUCAGCCAGAGUGCCACUUUGGCUGUGCAUCACCGGACCCACCUGGAGCCAGCACCCUACAUCUGCUGUGAGUGCGGGAAGAGCUUCAGCAACAGCUCCAGCUUUGGUGUGCACCACCGCACCCACACGGGUGAGAGGCCUUAUGAGUGUGCUGAGUGUGGGCGGACCUUCAGCGAUAUCUCCAACUUUGGAGCGCACCAGAGGACCCACAGAGGGGAGAAGCCCUACCGUUGCACUCUGUGUGGGAAACACUUCUCUCGAAGCUCCAAUCUUAUCCGCCACCAGAAAACACACAUGGGUGAGCAGUCUGGGAAAGAGUCCAGCUGAAGAGGAGCCCCCGGUACAGAGUGGGGGACAGAGUGAAAGAUUCACCCUAGUGGAGGAAGAUCUGUGGCAUCAGCUGCUGCACCUUGACGUCAAACCCUUCAUCCCACUUUAGAGAAUGGUUUCCUAUUGUCUCUGAAACCAGGAUCCCCAGGAAGUCCCGAGAAAGGACUAGAAGUAAAAAUCCUUGCCAUCUCCCAGGCAGUUACUUGUCUUGGAAAAUCAGAAGAUCCAGUCUCAGCUUCACCUCCUUGGGGUGGGUAACAGAAAUAGGGUAGUCUCAGAACAUGUUCAUAUCAUUAAGACUGAAGUCAUCUGGUCUUUAAGGGAAUACCUGUAAGACGGUGUCACUGAAGGGCCUUUGUAUAGUCUGGACUGCUUAGGACACACCACAGAGGCCUACUAGUUUCCACCUGCCAUGCCCCAACCCAAGUGUGCUUCUAGAUGUCUAGGUUGAGAGGAGUGGCCCUCCUAGUGGGAGGGGCCUCCUUAGUCUAAGAAGAGGUUUGAGGUCCUGCCUUAAGAAUGAAAGGAAAGCCCUCAGGGAUUCAUGAUCAGUGACCUCACACUCUCCCAUAUUUUUUACCUGUUAUCCCCUCCUGAGCCUGCAUCUGUUUCCCUAGAAUGAUCAGCAGUAAAACCCUUCAAUGAAAGGACCUGUGUACUUGUUUCCCCAAACAAGUGGGGAGCUGGGGAGAUUGUCCCAGUGCAGCCAUUCUAGAAGGAAGAUGAAUUCCAAGAAAGUUAGGUGGUUGGGUACUCUGAAAAGCAAAGGAAAGUUGGCUGAGUUCCUGAGGCCUUUGAGGAAAAGGGGGAAAGGAAAAGACUAACAUCCAUUAAACAUCUAACUAUGCUGCUGUUUCUAUGAUUCUGCUGGUUACAUUUACAUUUUUCAUCUUAUUGUCAUAACAGUCCCCAAGGGUAUAAGAUGAGGAAACAGAGGUAAGGAAAGGUUAAAUCAUACAGCAGGUAUGUAGUGGAGCAGUUUCAAGCUGAACCUCCCAGUGGAUGCUCUUUUUCACUGAAUUCACCUUGUUGGCCUCUGAAGGAGGAGCCACAUAGUAGGCUGGCCUGCAGGUGGGAGCCAGUGUGAUCUCUUGAUAUGGCCCUGGAACAUUCACUCUGGAACUCUGUACCAAGCAUGACAACCAUUUCAACUUUAUUAAGUACUUUUUCUGUGGCUAAAAAAAAUGAUAGUAGCAGGAAGUAGUGUUUGAGGGAGAGGAUGAGAGAACUCUCAGGAAUAUAAUGAGAGUUUGCCGUUAGUAGCAAUAAUUCAGUCCCUAAGACUGGGAUAGCUGGGGAGCUGGGGAGACUGUCCCAGUGCAGCCAUUUCCUGUCUAGUCUUCACAUGGCAGAUUAAAAAAAAAAAAAUUUAAACAUGAAAUUUAGCAUUAACCCAGCUUUUCUCUAACAAAUAAACACUCCUUUCUACCUUUCUCAAGUCUAGGGAAGUAAUGGCAAACCUUCUAGAGCUUUCAGAGAUAAACUCCAUUAUGGCGCAUAUGCCACAAGUUUUUGCCACCACUGGUCUAGGGUUUUGUCCUUUAUAGUGUGGGGCCCUCUUCAUUUGUAGCCAAUUCCCAGAAUAUGAACUAAUAGCACCUGCAACUUGACCUAUCAGAUGAGUAUCCAGCCACUCAUUCAGGAAGGAGGUACCAGGAGCUUUCAGUUACACUGAAUUGAAUUUUGAAAACCACCUGAGAAGAAUGUGGAAAGAGGCUGACAGAAAGUGACUUGCUCACAAAAUAGAGUAAGUAAAUGGCAGGGCCUGGAACUGAACCUACUUCUACCCAAAGGUUUUUUGUUUGUUUUUUUAACUAUAGAAGACUCUGUCCCAAAUGAUUAUCUUACAUUUGUAGGGCACUUUAUAGUUUAUAAAGCACUUUUAUACAUGUUAUCUUGUUUCUUGAAAAUCUCCACAAAAUAACGUAGUAACCUAAUCUAAGAUGUUAAGUGACAUACAUUCUAAUAAUAAAAACCACAUGUAUCAAAUGCCUUCUGCUGCUAGUUAUUACAUACCUACUAUCUCUGAUCUCCAUACUAUUCUCUGAGGUAGUAGUAUCCCCAUUUUCAAUAUAAGAUUCUGUGAGGAUAAAUUACCUGGCUUACUUGUAGAGUUGGGAUUUAAAUAAGAAUAAUUGCAACACCAAGCUCUUCAUUAUACCCACUAUCAAGCCAGAUCUGCUGGACCCCAGUCCAGGGAGCUUUGUGUGAUUAUCCUGGCUUUCAGGGAGUUUCUGCUGCCAAUCAGGCCCAGGACUAAUGAAUGUUUCACGCACUUGCUUUGAUUGUGGGACAAGAAUCCCUGGCCAAUCUCAUGUGCCCGUUUUAGACUUAGCUUAUAGGCUAAAGUUUCUGUUUGAUUGUUUUUUUUUUUUUUGAGUCCUAAUUAGCCCAUUUAUUCAUUCUCUGACUUCCUUUUUUGUUAAUGCCCUUCAUUUUCUCCAUUCCUUGUUUUCUUUUCCUUCCUUCCACCUCUCCUUUUGUCUUUUUCUUUUCUUCCUCCUUCAACACCCCCAGCCUCCAGUAACUAGGAAUAUCGACAGUGAAGACAGUGCAACCCUGUAUUCUCUAGUACAUUAAACUGACAAGUUGCAGUGCAGUGAUAGAUGACAUUACAGUCAUAACCAGGGUGCUGUAGGUACCUGGGAGAAAGCUUAAUCUGGCCUGUAUGGGUCAGGAGGGCCAGGAGUAAAUGAUACAUGGUCCUUGCAAGGAAACCAGCAAGAGAAACUCCCUUGAAUAAAUUGCUGGAGAAACACAGGUGGAUGUAGCACACUCUCCUGAAGGGAUCUUGAAGAAUGAUUAGGUGUUUACUAGAUAAAAAGAAGUGGAAAGUUUUUUCAGAUGGAAAGGAAGACUCAGUGUUUUAGGGACCAAUGAAAUGUUUGAUGUAGUUAGAGUAACCUGUCAGAAGAGGAGACUGGUAAGGUAGAUAGGCCAGGUCAUAAAGGGUGUUAAAUGCCAGAUGAGAUUUAGAUUGUGGAUGAUAGAAUUGUAAAGUAAAGGAGUGACAGGAUACCAUUCACCUUUCAGGAAGAACACUCAGUCUAGUGUGAAGGAUGGACUUAACGGGGGUCAAAUGAUCGGGGCAAUACUGUAUGUAUAAACCGGGUGGCAGCUGGGGCCCUCAGGUCUCAGGGUCUUGGCUGGGGGAUUUAGCUCGGUGGUGCUGCAUCUGCCUCAAUUCUCAGUCUUGUCACUUCCAUACAACAGAAAUUGAGACCCUCCAUACAGUUUCUGGGAUUUUUGAUCCAAUGGUUUCUUCUUGCUUGAUUUAUUCUUGUGGUUUAUUCAAACCUUUUAAAAUUUUGUCUCCAUUGUCCCUGUCACAGAACUCAACAGGUUAGAAAUUACAUCGAACCAAGAAUUUUGUAAAUUUAGACUCCUUUCGUAGAGAUUGAGAGUCUUGUGGGGUGGGGUGGGGUCACGAUGACAUGUCGCUGGCUUCCUCUUCUCCUUUCUCCCAUUUCUGCCCAUAUCUCUUCUUCCUGGACUUCCAUAACAAGACUGGUGUAUUUUACUACAGUUGGUGUUGCUGUCUUACUGUCAUCAAAGACAAUUUUUUCUUACAUAUUUUAUCAUCUCCAAACCUGAGAUGUGUUUUACAAUUGAUAAUGUUUUAGAUUUAUACUGUGAAAUAUCACAGUAUAAGAAAGAUAGGAAGUGAUGGAGUCAGCAAGAUAGAAUGUGAAGUCCCAGCCCAUAUGCCUCCACAGAGACAACUUCAACAAUCCCUUUAUAAGAACUCUAGAGUUCUUCCAGAAUCAAGGCGUUUCAGUACCGCGGGCAAACAUAGAGCCAAUAGGAACCGCAUUGAAAUGGGUAGGAUGGGUAGGAAGAGUCACUUUACACAAGACUGCCCUUUCCCCUAAGCUGGCACAAUUCAGCCUGGGUCAUAGAUGCUCCCUUGAGGGAAAAAGAGACUAGACCAUGUAUCCAAUAUUCUGGCUUUUCAGAGGACUUCCCAAGGGACUAGUUCCUCUCUUGCUUAACUUGAAAGAUUAAUGGAAAUGGAAUAAUAUGAGUUUGUGGGAAGCCACUGAAAGCCAGGGUGUGGGGCAGCUUGCUGUAUUACGAGGGCCCGAUAUAUGGUAGACAGGCUCCCAAAUGUAGCUGCUCCCUUGGGAGGGAGAGAUAAGAGUAGAGCAGAUGUACAGUAUUCUACCUUUUUUAUUUUUGGAGAGUUGCUCAGGGGACUGGUAUAUGUUUUGCUUGAUUAAGGAUACUGAUGGGAAGUCAGCAUCAUUUGAGUACCUACCUAGUGGCCACUGAACACAAGAAACAGGCUUGCGGGUUAGUCUGAGAAACUGCAGUACAGUACUGCAAACAGACACCAGAGGGAGCAAGAAAUUGUGAGCGCCUUGAGAAAAGCUGGCAAACCUUUGGGAAAUCAAAAGCAUAAAGCCUAGAAAAGUCACAUCCCCUCAAAAAGAUUCAGAGAGUCCCAAACUCCAACCCUGAAUCUAGCUGGGCUGAUUACUGAAGAUCAGUGUGAAUCUAGUCUGUGAAAAAUCAGAAAAAUGAUGCAUAAAUAAAACAACAAUAUCAACAGAGACAA